AUGGCCAACUCUCUACCCACAGAGAGACAAGCCUGGCGCCGAACAGAUGACCUCUCACCUGGAGCGGCUCGUCUCAAGCUCGUCACAGAGCCUUUGCCCAAAGAGCUGGCUCCAACAGCCGUCCUGAUCAAAGUCCACGCCGUGUCCCUCAACUGGCGUGAUGCCAACAUCAGUAAUGGAGGAAACCCCUGGCCGGUCAUCCCCAACGGGAUAAUCUGCAACGAUGCCGCCGGUGAGGUGCUCGCCAUCGGCCAGAACGUCCGGCGCAUCCGUGUCGGUGACCGCGUCGCCCCUACGAAUGACACGGAAUACUUGACACACCGCUCCACCGGCCGAUCCUGGGUGGCCGCGAACGAAGACGGCGUGCUUGCCACGUACAUCGUGUACGACGAAACGGUCCUCGGCCACCUCCCCAAGUACCUGUCAUGGGAGUGCGCCGCGCUGAUCCCAUGUGCCGGCGUUACGGCAUGGGCGGCAUUGCGGGAUGUAGGGAUUGGGAAGAGUGUGCUGAUCCAAGGCACUGGGGGAGUGAGCAGCUGGGCAUUGAAGCUCUCUCGUGCGUCGGGGCUCAAAGUGAUUCUCACCUCGUCGAGCGACAAGAAGCUGGACCAGAUGAAGAAGCUGUUCGGUGCGCCGGAGAUACGGACGAUCAAUUAUAGGACGACGCCAGAAUGGCAUGAGGAGGUGCUGAAGCUGACGGAUGGUAUUGGUGUAGAUCUUGUCAUCGAAAACGGCGGCGCGUCGUCUUUGGUCAAGAGCCUGAAGUGCACGAGGCGGGGCGGCAUCGUCAGCCAGGUCGGCUACUUGGGCAAGCAGCAGCCGGAUGAUUUGCAGGAGCUCGUGCCGACGAUCAUUGACCGAAGGGUGAUCCUCAGGGGCAUCAACUGCGGCCCGCCCGAGUACAUGGAAGACAUCUGCGCGGCUCUAGAAGCGACCCAGAUGCAGCUCGACGACAUCAUUGACAAGGUCUAUCCAUUUUCGGAAGCCGAAGAGGCUGUGCAGUCGCUAUGGGAAGGCAAGGUGGUAGGAAAGAUCGUGCUACGUCUUUGA